CUCCCUCCUUGCUCACCUUACCACCCCUCCUCCCCUUCCACGAAGCAGCCGAAACAUUCCGUCGAGUUGGAGACCACCACGCCCGCGCCCCACGAGAACAAACACUUGAGCGAUUCUCCCCGAUCGGCACCGGGUCCGGCCGGAUCGAAUCUCCCGCCACCGCUGCCGUUUCUUGGACGACUCCUUCCGAAUUUCCGACCCCCCAACCCUCAAAUCGCGCGCAUUUCAUGAGUAUUUUUUUCCUCGUUCCUUCCGUGGAUGCGAGGGAGCUGCUCAGGCUCGACCCGCCUUCUCUCCGAUCUUGCCGCCGCGCCGCCCCGCCCGGAGGCGCCUGCUCUCGCCGCCCGUCCCCGGAGAUAGCAACGGGCCGAUGGGCUAGGGAUUUCGCCCCAUCGGGAUCGCGAGCGGCUCGGCGGCCUGCGGGAUCUGCCCGUGGCCUGGCCCUUUAGGAACCCGGGACUUCUUGUUCGAUCCGAGAGGUUGCUCGUCUGGUGGAAAGAUCGCUCCUUGUCCGUCAUUCGGUCUCUGUAGAUGCAAGUAUUGGCAAGAGAGUACAGUAGUUCUUGGUUCUUGGGGGUGUGAAUGUUGUGUUGCGUGGGGAUCCAGCUUAUGGUAGAUUUUUCUCCUGAGUAGUUUGACUCGGGAGGGUAAAGAUUCGAUUUUGCUUUGCAUUUCUCGGGUGAUUAGCCACCCAAUUACUGUGCAAGAUUCCAGCUUAUCCUAGGUUUGCUGUUUAUGGGUUAAUGCAAGUGGUGGGAGGCAGAGCAACGAUUUGGACUUGUUUUACGAAUUGUGGGGACAUAUUCUUCGGGAGAUUCCGCCUUGUACAAAGAUAUCCCCUGCUCUGCAUUUGAUUUGAUGUUAAUUUUAGUAGUGGUGUGGAGCGCACCUAUUACCCAUUCUGAUUGUCCUGGCCGGUUGGGGAGAUGGGUUCCUCACAAGAAUCCACCUUCUCCUCGGCCUCAACAGCUGCACAAGUGAAGGCUUCCGCAUUGGACUUGCUCCCAGUCUAUGCCAAGGAGCUUAUCGCUGGUGGCGCUGCUGGUGCAUUUGCAAAGACUGCGGUGGCGCCACUGGAGAGGGUCAAGAUCUUAUUGCAGACAAGAACUGAAGGGUUUCAGUCCCUUGGGAUCCUCCAGUCCUUGAGGAAGCUGUUGCGGUAUGAGGGAGUUCGAGGCUUCUACAAAGGGAAUGGUGCAAGCGUGCUUCGGAUUGUUCCAUAUGCGGCAUUGCAUUACAUGACGUACGAGCAGUAUAGGUGCUGGAUAUUGAAUAAUUUUGCUCCAUCAGUAGGUACAGGGCCUGUGGUUGAUCUUUUAGCUGGCUCUGCUGCUGGUGGGACUGCAGUUUUGUGUACGUACCCAUUAGACUUGGCGAGGACCAAGCUGGCGUACCAGGUUUCAAACGUGGGCCAACCUAGCAGUGCUUUGGGAAAUUCUGGGCGACAACAAACAUAUAGUGGUAUAAAGGAUGUUUUCAAGACUGUUUACAAGGAAGGAGGUGCACGAUCUUUAUACCGCGGAGUAGGUCCGACUCUGAUUGGUAUCCUUCCAUACGCUGGCUUAAAAUUUUACAUAUAUGAAGAUCUGAAAUCUCAAGUUCCAGAAGAUUACAAGAAAUCAGUUAUAUUGAAGCUCUCCUGUGGAGCGUUAGCUGGUCUAUUUGGACAAACCCUUACCUAUCCACUGGAUGUUGUCCGGAGACAAAUGCAGGUUCAGAGCAAGCAGCCCCAAAAUGCAAGUGAUGGCUUCUGUAUAAGAGGAACUUUGCAGGGUCUCAUGCUCAUCAUUCGGUGCCAAGGGUGGAGACAACUCUUUGCUGGUUUGAGCCUUAACUAUGUCAAGGUUGUCCCUUCAGUAGCUAUCGGUUUCACUACAUAUGACAUGAUGAAGACCUUGCUAAGAGUGCCUCCUCGAGAAAGAGCCCAUCCAUCAGGUGGUAGCAAAUGAAGCAGUGUUGGCCUUUCUGGCGUUUGGACUAAUGAACUCAAGAAACUCUAGUCUGUGGCAUUGUAGUUCUGGGUGAUAGUUAUGAAUCCUAUCUCUAUGUUGCAUAGGAUGGAGAUGAUUGUAUGUCGGUGAGUUUGAUUUGUGUCUGCAACACUUGGUUGAGUUACUCUAGAACUGGCUUCAAAUCUAUAUUCAUUGUGCUACUUGUAAUUUGUGAGCUUGAGAUACGAUGACUGUACCCGAGAUUAUCCUACAUUAACUAUACAUAGAUUAAUACCCUAAUUGGACAUUCUAUUAUGAA